AAAAGUUUAGUAGGCGCUACGUAAACAAACUCUGCGGUUUGUCUUCACUGGGGGUGCACAAAGCGACCGGUUAUUUCGUUGGCUACUAAGUUGAACUUGGGAUCCAAUCAGCUGGCUAUCACGUUUAGAUCGAUCAGCAAGCUAAGGAGGUGAUGGCACCACAUAUACAGGAGGAUGACUCCUGGAAGGUAUCGGGAAUAUCAAGGACUUAUCCAAGUUACCGCCAGCAUCGACCCAUAACAAGUGAGAGCUGGCUGGAGGGCAAACAUGCCGAUGACGAGGCCGAAGGUCUUUGGCGCAUUAACGAUAAGCUAUACGACUUGAGUGAUUUUGCCUCUCGCCAUCCGGGUGGCGCCUCUUGGAUUGAAUGCACCCGGGGCACGGAUAUUACAGAGCCCUUUGAGUCGCAUCACAUCGAGGAACGAGCUCGGGGAAUGCUAAGCAAAUUUGAAGUGCGACAGGCCUCAAAACCUCGUAACUACAAGUUUACGCUUAAGGAAAAUGGGUUUUACAUGACCCUGAAGCGGAGAGUGCGAGAAAAGCUGAAAAAGAUUGAUUACUCUCCAACCAAAAAAACAGAGUUCCUGCAUUUUGGCAUCCUGGUAUCCCUGUUCCUCUUCAGCUGGUUAGGCACUAUUUUGGACUCCCUGAUUUUCCAAAUUCUUGCUGGUUUGUCCCUUUGCUGGGUGGCCACCUCCACACAUAAUUACUUUCAUCAGAGGGACAAUUGGCAGAUGUAUACUUUUAAUUUGACUAUGAUGAACUUCCGAAAUUGGAGAAUAUCGCAUGCUAUAUCCCACCAUGUUUAUGCAAAUUCGCUACAUGAUCUGGAAAUGUCAAUGUUUGAACCAUUUUUAUGUUGGAUUCCCGAUAGUCAUUAUGCAAGUAAAACGCAACGUUGGAUAUCUGUGAUUAUCUCACCUGUGGUCUACGUUGUCCUUUUCCAAGGACAAUUUCUUAUACGGUUGGCUGUCUCACUGACUAAACGCAAUAUUAUGCAUUGGGAUGAUCUUAUUGGCUUGAGUCUGCCGAUCUUUUUAUAUUUUUCCUCUGGUGUUGGUUUACUUCCAACUCUUGUUAGUUGGGAAAUUAUCGUAGCCAUAGGCAGCUUUAUAUUUGGACUUGUUGGUUUAACAGCAGCCCAUCAUGAUCCUCGCAUUUUACACGAUGGCGAUGCCCAACGAAAAGAUAUCGAUUGGGGUCUCUAUCAGAUAGACACGAUCAUAGAUCGGGGAGACAUCAAGUGGUCGGAUCUCUUGGUGCUUACCCACUUUGGUGAACAUGCCCUGCACCACUUGUUUCCCACCUUGGAUCAUGGAGUGCUUAAACAUCUCUAUCCCGAGUUGAAUGCAACGAUGAAAGAGUUCGAUGUGGAAUUGAGGGAGAUCAACCACUGGCAUCACAUUAAGGGACAAAAUCAGCAGCUUCUAAGGAUAAAGAAGAAUCCUUUGCCACCGGGUAGCAAAAAGAUGAAAUAGUGCCUGAUUUUAUUUAGUCAAUUAUUAUAACUGGGGAGGGAGAUGGUUAGUUUGUAAAUGGGUAAGAUUACCAAAGUUAAUUAAUUUAAAAACAUAAGUAAAUAUUGUUUAUAUAUUCUCUUAUAAAAUAUUUCGUUUUAACCUAAAGAGCAUAUAUGCUCUUAUCAAAAAAGCUUCUUUUGUUUCUCUUAAUCUUUUUGUUUACGUCGGUUAAAAGCUUUCUGUGCGUUUCCGGUUUUUAAUGGUGUUGGUUAUGAUAUCUUUAAAAGCAGCUGUUAUGGUCAAUUUAAUCAGGUUUUAUAGGCACUUUACUUAAAUUUUAACAUAUUACCACACACCAUUGAGGUAAGAGUUCAGCUGUUGUUGACUGAUCUUGAUAGUUUUGUGGUAGCAGUCACAUAUUAACUGUUCACUGAGUUAAAUGGAGAUAUGAACCUAAUUUUUGCUUGGUCAUCAUGGCAACGCGAAUGUGAACUAAUAGGUGUUCAUUGAUUUAAAAACACAUGCUACAUGUUUAUUAUAAAACAAAGAAGUUUAGAAAAAAAUAUGUUUUCGUUUGUUCCUUUUUUAUCUUUUUUGUAACUGAAUCAAAAAGUAUUUUAUGUAUUGUUUAGGUGACAUCAUAUGGAAUAUAAAUGUUAAAUGCACUCUUAAGCUAAGCAGCCUGAUAAUUAGGAAUAACCAUGUUAAUUAAAUAAUUAU